CACCCUCAAACCCUCCAGUGCAUCCACGCCGCCACCAACAACACCCCCUACGCUCUCAAUCGAGGGGUUCUCUCACUAGUCACAUACUCUCUGAUCGAUUUCACCGCCAAUAUCAUCGCCGCCGACCCCAUUCACACCCGCACAAUGUCCCGAUCCGCGGCGGACGCAACGCGGUUUACGGCCACGGGGCCCUACGCCAGCUCCAAGCCCAACGGCGCACCCUACGAGCUGCCCAGCUUCAUGCAAUCGAAGGACAACGCGAAGCAGGCUAAGCCGACUGCACCACAGACUGGUCCCGAUGGCCAGCCCGAGACGCCGAAGCAGAAGGUUGAGCGCCUGCGGGCGCAGGCACGGGCUGCCCGGAUGGCUCAGCAGAGCUCGGGUGUGGAUCGGUGGAUUGAGUCCGGGCGGAGGUUUGCGAAUCGCGCACACAAGGGCAUGGUUUAUUCGUUGAUUGUUGCGUCGGGUGUCUGCGGUGUCCUCACAGUCUACUCUAUGGUCUCGCUGACCCUUUACAACCGCCGUCAACGCACGCUCUGGAUCGAGAAGGAGAUGGAGAACUUGAAGCAAGCACGCCUCGCCAAGGCCAGCGGCGCCGCCACCACCGAGCAACUAGAGCUCAUCGAGAAGGAAGAUAUCGCGGAGAUUGUCAAGCGCAAGCGCGCCGAGGAGAAGGCACAGCGGCCAUGGGCCAAGGCCAAGCGAUUCCUGUUCGACAAGAUGAAUGCCGAGGACGCCGGUGCUUCCGCUGCAGCUGCUUCGACGGCCGCUGUGGCUACCGAGACUGCCCAGCCUAGCGUGGUCGAGGCUGUCCAGGCCCAGCAGGCCUUUGACGCGGCGAAGGCGAAGACCGGCGCACCGGUACCUGGGCAGUUGGACGUACUUGCGGAGAAUGCAGAGCAGGCAGCGAAGAAGACCACACGCAGCUGGACAAGUUGGUUGACUGGUCGGUAGAGAAUUUGAUCGUUGUUAUUGACUUGGGGAAUCAAUCCAAACAAAAAUCCAAAUCACUCGGACCUGGGACAAGAAAGGUCGUCUCCACUCUCCUCCCCAUCUCGACCCUCGCUCAUUAUCUCCCGCUCGGGUACGUCCCCCUUCUUCUGGGUGUUACCACCAGACUCCAGCUCCAGUCCCAGUCCAACCAGUGCUAUAUGAAGUGUUUUAUCUUGCAUGGCGUGUGGCGAGGUGCCUCUCUUCCUCGCAGCAUGCAUUCAUCGUGACAGGGGGUUUUCGGCGUUGCAUUGUGUUCUUUUUUCUCGUCCUCUUUUUUCGAACUCCGAUCCAGGACUGUGUUUCUAAACUGCUUGGGGAUGUUUUAGGUUGAGGUCAGUCUGUUUGUCAGAGAAGAUAGACAAGAUAGGAUGGCCGUGUAUAUUGUGUACAGUACAUAGAAAAUCUGCUCCUUUCUCCACCC